UCCUACGUUGUGGACAUGGUAUUUUUAGGUGGUAUUACCGAAACGUUUUUCAGGGUUGACGUUUGGUUUUAUGUUUGAAAGUUGUCCGGAAGUCACGUAGUUGUACUGUUACGAAUGACUCCUGAGAGGGUCGACAUCAUUUGACAGUUUGUGUGAAGUCCAAAGCAGGUCAACGGCACGCGAUGGGCCCAUGGAUUAUUCGGACGACUCUUAUCAUGUUAUUCAUCUGCUGCUACCAGGCUAAGCGGGACCAGACGCUGUACUGUUCUGCUUGCCGUGCAAUUGUUGACGAAUUGACACACUCAAUCGACCAGGUGGACCCAAAGCAAACCAUUAAUAUUGGCAGCUUUAGACUCAAUCCAGAUGGAAGCAUGAAAGACAAAAAGGUACCCCUAGCUCGUUCCGAGACGCACCUCAGUGAACUCUUGGAUGGGGUUUGCCGUUCCAUGAGUGACUAUGCCCUCCACGUGGACCCCCACACCCAGAAAAAGCAACACAUGAGGUUUGCGCCGAGGAGCAGUGGCUCCACCGGGGACUUCCCUGACCUUAAAAACUUCCAGUUCGAUGGACCUGAAGCUCCCAGUGCCUUGAAAUUUGCAGCCAAGACUUUCUUCUGUUCUGGUUUUUUUUCCGCGCAGUGUGAAACCAUCGUAGAGGAGCUAGAGGAUGAUAUCAUUGCUCUUUUCAGCCAGAACACCAAGGAUGCGCACAAGGAGUUAUGCAACAAUGUCUCAGACUACUGUAAGGACACCAGUAACACAAAUGAGGAGUUGUAGUUUUUUUUUUUUUUUUUUAACGUAUUUUUGUUGUUGUUGAAGUUUUAAAAUGGUGUGGUGUGACCAACUUUGUUUCAAUGAAAUGGGAAAUGAGAGGUCUAUUUAAUCAAAUGAACAUCUGACAAAUAAAAACUAUUUUGCGAACA